ACAGAAGCCACAGCAAUGAAGCUCCACACUGCAGCAAUCCUGCUCCUCUUCUGGCUUGGUGUCUUCACCGUGCACACUGUCAAAGGGAGUUCUAGCAGUGAGGUCAUGCGCAAAUUCAAGUGUGUAAAUCUCUCUACAAGGCAGUUGAACAUCCGAAAUCUUGUGAACUAUGAAAAGCAACAAGUACCAACAGAUGCCAUCAUGUUUCUUACUGCAGGAGGUAUCAGGAUCUGUGUAAGACCUAAUCAGAAAUGGGUGCAGGCUGCUAUAAAGAGAAUAGAUGAAAGACAGGCUGCCAAACGCAAAUAAUCCAAGCAUCUGAGGC